GGUAAAUAUGCGCAGCUCUGCUUCAAUCUGUCAAUUGGCUUGCUAUGCUGCUUCUAGGUAUUUCCUGGCGCACCUUUGCAACGCAGUGCAGGUGGUUCCAGGUAGACUCAGAGCAGUACAAUAUCCUGAAAGACCUUUCAAAUGCUGGUGUCUCCGCUUGCAUUCAGCAAGUCCAGCGGCUGAAAACCCCGCACAGCUCAGAUGCCCAAUGGCCACUGCAUUGGAGAUGGACCUUGGCGGCACUGCCUGGACGUUCCAUUGCACCAGCCCCGUCGCCUCCUUCAAUGUCCAGCUGCCAAGUAGCAUACCUGCAGUGGUUCCAGGGUGCGUGCAUCUGGACUUGCAGAACGCAGGACUGAUUAAGGAUGUCAAGUGGAGAGACAAUGAGACGACGCUGUAUUGGGUGGCUGAGUGUGACUGGGAGUACAGGCGAGAGUUUGACGUGGACGCGGGCUUACUGGCGUGCGACAAGGUGAUCCUGAGUUGCAAAGGUCUGGACACCCUGGCCACCGUCCUAGUCAACGGCCGUCCAGUGAUCUCUGCCGACAACAUGUUCCGAACUUGGACAGCUGAUGUCAAGCACUUGCUAAAUCCUGAAGAAGGUGGCUCUUCCAAGAACAAUCGCAUUCAAGUGACCUUCAGAUCAACAGUUCCAUUCAUGGCUGAGAAGCAGAAGGAAAAGGCGCUGAUUGCCAGCAACGCGAACAGAGAGGAGUAUAGGGGUGCAGGCUGGAUCAGGAAAGAACCUGCAAGUUACGGCUGGGAUUGGGGCUGUGCCGCACCAACCUUUGGCAUCUGGCGCCCCAUCAAACUCCACGGCUUCAAGACGGCCUGGCUGGAGAGCAUUCACAUCACUCACCCCGAGAUCACGGAGGUAGCGGUGCGAAUGGACCCUGACACAGGGACGACAACUUACAGCCCCCCGGCGUCCGUUCCCAUCUGCAUAGAGGUGGAGCUCGGAAGCCUGUGUGAAAAGGCCCUGGAUGACACCAAGCUGGCUGUGCAGAUAGAGCGCCUGAUGCGGGACGGCAGCGGUGUGAAAGUUCUGGCUGACGAGUUCGAGCUGGACGCCGUUUUGCCUAAGUCUCUCAGGGCAAAUACUAGCCAGCAAAGCACAGAAAGUUACGGCGCAGUUGAUGAUGUCAGCAGCCUCGCUGGAGAAGGAAACAAAGGGGCCUCCGAAGAGGCGUCGGCAUCUGGUCCAUAUAAGGGAGAGGCGCUCGAACAAAUGACCCCCAAACACGUGAAAAAGUCAAACGGGCGGCUGGAAGUUGACCUUGAGAAGCCAGAGCUAUGGUGGCCGAAUGGGACCGGGCUAGGUCAAACCCUGUACCGGGUUACCGUGUCCCUGGUCAGCAAGGCCACGUCCGAAAUCCUUAGUCGCUGCCAGAAGCGAGUCGGGUUAAGGACGCUUAAGCUGGUCCGGGAGAAGGACGAGUGGGGCGAGUCGUUCGGGUUUGAGAUAAAUGGGGUGAAGAUCUUCGCCAAGGGAGCAAACUGGAUCCCCGCCGAUAUCUACCUCCCAAGGCUGACUCCAGAGAAAUACCGGGCCCUUUUACAGUCUGCGGCUGACGUCGGCAUGAACAUGAUCCGCGCCUGGGGCGGCGGCUUGUACGAGCACCCCGAGUUCUACGACGCAUGUGACGAGCUGGGGAUUCUAGUGUGGCAGGAGUUCGUCUACGCAUGCAGCACGUACCCGGUUCACGACCGCGCAUGGCUCGCCAACUGCGAAGAGGAGGCGAUCGAGGCAGUGCGCGCGCUGCGCCACCACGCAUGCCUGGCGCUGUGGUGCGGCAACAACGAGCUGGAGCAGGGCUAUGUGGGUGACACGUGGACGGCUACGACGAUGCCCUGGGAUCAGUACAAGCAUCUGUUCGACGUGCUGCUGAAAGACGUGGUUGAGAAACACGACGGCCGCACCUCGUAUUGGCCCUCUAGCCCGCACACCCCCCUCGGCGGCGACAAGGGUCGACAGGACGCCAAUGACCCGCGGUCGGGGGACGCGCACUGCUGGGACGUGUGGCACGGGGGCAAGCCCUUCGAGGUGCAGCGGAGCUGGCGUCACCGUUUCGUCAGCGAGUUUGGGUUCCAGUCGUUCCCGGAGCCGCGAACCGUUGCAGAGUACACGCUCCCCGAGGACCACAACGUGAGCAGCUACGUGAUGGACUUCCGCCAGCGGUCGGUCGGGCGGGGCAACCGGGCCAUCUUCGAGAACCUGCUGGAGUGGUUCCAGAUGCCGCGCGACUUCGCCGAGUGCCUCUGGAUGAGCCAGCUCACGCAGGCGCUCUGCAUCCAGUUUGCGGCGGAGCACCUGCGCAGACAACAGCCCCAAACUGAAGGCGUGCUGUACUGGCAGCUCAACGACGAAUGGCCGGCGCCCACGUGGAGCUCCCUGGACUACCGCGGCCGCUGGAAGGCGCUGCACUACUUUGCCCGGCGCUUCUUCUCCCGGGUGCUGAUCACCGGGCUCGAAGACGUCGCCAAAGGAACCGUAGAAGUCCACCUGUCCAACCACGAGCUGAUCCCGGUGUCGGGCGAGGUGACGUGGCGCCUGACUGACGCUGCCGGGACGGAGCUGAAAAGCGGCAGCGAAACCGUCACCGACGCGCCUUCCCAGGCCAAUGCUUGCGUCACGACUCUCGAUUUUUCGGCGGCACUCGCGAAGUACGGCCCCCGUGACCUGCUGGUCUGGCUGGAGUGGCGGGACCGGCGCGAACAGGCCCGGGAGCUGUGGAGACACGUGGCGGACGUGGGAGAGUCGUACGCGUCCAGGAACCUGGUCCUUUUCGCGCGCCCCAAGCAUCUGAAGCUGCUCAAGGACCCAAAGAUCACCGUCAAAGUGGAGUCCGCAGCGUCAGACGGGUCGCUUCUCCUAACGCUCAACUCGGAGCAUCCGGCGCUCUGGGUCCGACUCGAGAUUGAUGACACCAAGCUGCCGCCCCUAGUGACCGACAGGGAUGACCGGCCGAAACUGCCUGGUACGCCAGACAGAGGCGCCAAGAUAGAGGCAGCGGCUACGGAGGAGCGGGAAAAGGACGAGGAUAUCGUUUUGUUUGAGGAUAACUUCUUCCACUUGGACGGGCGCGAACCAGUGACAACUCUGUACAGAGGCAGAUUGACCCGGGAGGUGGUUACACGUGCGCUCAAAGCAACGGCGGUGAACAUGACUUGGGACCCUUAGGAUGUGAAUACUAGGAGUAGGUUGUCACUGAGAGGUGACUAUGUACAUGGACGCGCGGCAACGGCAGCUCGGUAACAUAGUCGGAUGUACAGCACUUUAGCUCGACGGUUAAUCAGAAGUUGCAAAGCAACAUGCGGAAUGUAUAUCAGCUAAUAUACGAGACAUUAGCGAGGAAAGUCAUCAACUGGUAGGCCGGGAAUCAGCCAGAUUUCGACCGAUCACCUCACUUGAUAGGCUGCGUGCUAAGAUACGGCCGAACAUGCGAUCACACGGCCGUUACUUCCAGGCUGCGGGCGUCGGUGCUCAGCUUGCAUCAUUGAGACGGCGGUAGCUGUCACCAAUUACCCGCUUGACCUUUUAAUAUUGCUGCAGCUGGGACGCUUUGUACUGAGGUGGCCGGGAUUGAGAUUUUUGCCUUGAU